CUUUUUUUUUUUUACCCAGUGUUUUUCAGAGGUGCGGUAGUAGUUAUAUUUCGAGAUUGCAGGCAAUAACUGUAUUAAUGUAGGCUACAUUUAUCAAAUAUUUUCUCUAUUUCUAGUUUAGGAAAUUUCUGCUACUGUGUGUCCGAACAAGAGAUGCAAACAAUGAAUAAACAAUCCAGUUGCAGAUAGUUCAGUAAGAAGUCUGCCUAAAAAUUCCAAACUUUUAUAUUUUAAUUUUUAAAAUUACUUAUCACAAGUAUUUUAUGUAAUGAAAAGUAAUGUAGAUACCAAAAACAUAAACGACAUUUCUUUAAUGUAUUUAAGUGAAGUAUGGUGACCAGUUUUUUUUACAUGAUUUUCCGAUUCCUUCUUUUUGACGUUUUUUACUGUUAUCACUGGCAUUGCCUCUUACAUUGAAAGUGGUUGCUCUUUUAAAAGAGAUUGUUGCUUGUUAAUGAUAUUGAUAAUUCAUAACCAUAUGUGAGUGUUGUUACACACAAAACAAGUAUUUCUACUGCUUCAUCCAACUUUCUCUAAAAAAAAAUCUUCAGAUGAAGAAAUCAUUACACGGGUGAUUUCUCUAAGUGUGCUGUGUCUUUGUUGUUUCAUGCAAACAUAACCUUAGUUAAAAAUUUGCUUAAUUAAAAAAAAUUUAAAAGAAAUUGUGAUCCUUGUUAAAAUAUUAUUUCACAAAUGCAGUUGCGAUAUCAUCACAUAGUUUUUUUACCCAUAUGUCUUGUAUUAUCUUCAUGAUUUCGGUUAAAAUUUAUAAUUUUGGUUAAACAAAAAAGAUUGCACCAAUACGCUACCCCAUCUUGCUCUCCUUUUUCUUUAUCUCUCUGUGAUUUAUACAUAUAUGCACGCAGACACAAGUCGUAAAGUUAUGAAUCACCCUUUGAAAGUUUCCUGUCCACUGAAGAUUGUAGGUUUUUAAGCCCACUCGGAUGAAAGCUUGACAGCUCGUGUGUUAACGGCUAUAUUUUGCGUAUAUUUGCGGAUAUUAUUUUAGUUUCUUUUCGGAAUGAAAUGUCAAGAGAGAAGAAGUGAGCAGGUCACGCCGCUCCUGGCAACACACAGAACCAAAAGCUUUACCACAUGCAACAGCAGUUGUCAGGUCGACUUGCCCUGUAACUGAGAUAAAGCCCUGACCUUCCCUCGUUCCCAGUUCAGGUGCCCUAUUCGAUGUGUGGCGAUGACGAGCGACGGUAUCACCUGUACUUUACCUUGGAGAUAUCUCUCCUUCAUGUCGUCCACAGCCCUUCCUGUCUUCUCGCGUUUGAGCUGCUUGACUGGUUUGAAUGAAAGUUUUCUAGGGUUGGAAACAUUGUCGAUCCGUUUUCAUUUUUUAUUGCAGCUGUGUAUUGAAAGGUAAUGUGAUUCACUGAGGUUAUUUUCUUUGCUGACUGAAUCAUCAGACAGCGGAGAUUGCUUAUAUCAAUAUUCCUUUUAAAAAAUAUGUAUUCAAGCUGGAACACACCAUUAGGGGAACAUUCCAAGAUGGCGACAACAUCACCUGAUAAUAGAGCCAAGGAGCUGGAAUGUCCGGUGUGCAACAAUCACUUUAUCAUGCCCAAGAUUCUACCCUGCGGCCAUCUUGUCUGCAGACAUUGCAUUAUAUUUUUAAUAAGUUCCAAGAACGAGUUACAUUGCCCUGUGUGCAGACACACUAUCAUUGAACAGAAAAUGCAAAAUAUUAAGUGUCCAUCGGCCAUCGCUGACUCCUUGCCUACAGACAUUGCCAUGGAUGCCUUGGCUAUGAGUGUUGAUGUUCUUGGUCAGAAACCCGAAUGCUGUGUGUGCGAUGGAGUCAAGGCAGACUUCAUCUGUUUACAGUGUCGAGACCUGCUGUGUUCAUUGUGUAUAAACGCUCAUGAAAAGCUGUCUGCCACCCGCAACCAUUGUGUGGAGAACCUGCGGACAGUUUCUGCUGAACGUCUGGCUGCUAACGGCUCUGCUGUGUGUGCUGACCACGGAGAAAAAUUAUCUUUUUACUGUCCUAACCAUAACCUUGCAGUCUGUGCCUCAUGUGCCAUCAAAGAACACAAAACAUGUUCAGAGGUAAAAGAUCUUGACAUGGAAAUGGAGUCAGCUAAAGAUGCGAUGCAAGUCAUUGCUCACACCCUGACUGAAGGGGAGAUUACUACAAAACAAAUUAUAAGGGAACUUGACUCUUGUGAGCAAGAAUCACUUUUCUGCCAAAAACUUUGCGGCAGUCUGAUAGCGAUUUGCAACAAGCAGAAAGAACUUACUUCUCCUGAUUCAACUCUAAUGGAGGCGGUGAGGGACACCAAAGAGAAACUUUACCAAAGACUGGGGAGGAUCAGGUCCUAUAAGACCAUUGCUUACCGUGCUCGGGUAGUGUCCCUACGUCCAGGGCUGAUCCACGCCAAGAGAGCUCUUCAAGAGAGGAUGAACACUCAAGACCUUCUCACCACCAGGCCAGCAGACACAAACACGGAAUUUCUUCGAAGAACCACGGAUUGUAACGAGCUUUUGCGACGGAUAAAAUCAGAACUAAGACAACUUGAGCAGCAAAGGAAAAAGCCAGAAGAACAGCAGAUGACAUUUCACAGAAACCGUGGCUACGGAGUCAUUUUGGGAUGGAAUGGGGUGUCAGCAGAGUGUCAAGGGCACUAUGGGGGCGUCGUAGUGUCCUCCUCUGCUAUGGAGACCAACUUCAUCUUUGAGAUACAGGUGGUUGAGAUGAAGCGUGACUGGCAACCAGACGAUAUCAUGUUUUGUGGAAUAACAGGAACACAUCCAAACGAUCUCAACAUAAAGCAAAGGAUAUGUGACAUGGAGGAUGUGAAAAUGUGUCACCAGGCAAUAAAUGGAUUGGCGAUGAAUGUGAAACAAUACGACAUCAUAGGACUGAUGAUAGACCCCGCCAACAACUUUCACUUUUUUCUCAACAAACUGCCCUUGUACAUCGCUAAACAUAUUCCUCGGCCUUGCUACGUGGUUUUUGACCUCGACAUUAACAUAAAAAAGAUAAUUGCACUUCCUGCAGUCAGGCUGACAAAUGUGUCAUGGAACUGGAAAGGCAAUCAACCAGAAAAUACUUCAUGUGUGUCCACAAUCGAUCUGACUGUAGAUUCCCCAUAGCUGUGUAUUUCAACCCUUUGUGUUCUUUAACAUAAACUGGACUUACAGCACGCAGACAAAUAUUGUAAACUUGUGUUAAAGUAUGUUUUGCCUUUCCUUGGCAACCUAUUGGACAAUCAACACCUUUGCACGUAAGUGUGUUGAAUGAAACUUAAUCGUCAGUCUAUGAAUACUGCUGGAGUCAAACAACAGUAAAAGACAGGUGACCAGGUGCAUCAUUAUUUUGGUAAUAAGUUUUGUGUGCUUCAGUCAGCAUCUUCGGACCAAGCACAUGAACUUCGGGAAAAAAAGGUCGACGGAAGUAUACACCGUCCAAAACAAAGCAUUGGCGACCCUGAGCAUAUACAUUUAUUAUAAUCCAAUUAUAUUAUGUAUAUUAUAAUACUAAAGUCGCCUCUCAGGCUGUAUACACAUUUACUGAGUGUGCGUCUCUGAGACAAAAAAGUACUGGGAACUUGACUAUCCUUUUAAAUUAAAUCGUAGUCGGGUGUAGAGGUACCCCUGUAGUGGUUCAGUUCGUGCUUGGCAGACUAGAUUGUUGUUUAGUCUCUCUCUCUCUUCCUUGCCUGUGUGUCAGUACUGUAAGUGAGCAUGGUUCCUGUAUUUUCCAAGCCCUUUGCUUUCUUUGUCUUUUUAUGUUUUUUUAAUUGUUUUUUAUGUAUCUUUUCUUUUGCAUUUUCUCGUAUUUUUAUUUUGUCCAAAAUGGGCCUUUGGUGUUUAUCUUUUAGUAAGUUAUUUUUUUACUAAGUUGUAUAGUUAGCUCAAUAAUUGUGUGUGACUAGGUAAGUAUGUGUGUGAAUGUGUAUGUGUGUGUGUGUGUUGCUGCAGUGCUUACAAUUCUUGGAAUAUCUUGAAUUUUUUUCUAAGGAGUUCCUUUGCAAUCUUGAUCGAUUUUUGUGUUUUGCUACUUAUUAACAGUUUCGAGAUUCUUUGCCAUUAAUUAACCCUGUCAUAAUGAUAAUUAAGACCAAAUUGUACACUGAACAGGUGAUCCGCUCAUUACCAUUUGUUGUGCAAUGUAUAAAGUUGAGAAGACUGAGAAAAGGUUGAACACAAAGCUGGUAACUUGUUUGUUUGACUUUGGUAAUUAAAUAUCCAAUAUUAAAAGCUACAAUAAAAAAAUUAUUCAGGCA